UACCGUCAUGGCGAAAUUCGCGUCCUGUGCGACGAGGCAGACAGACUUGUUAAAAGUAUUUUAUCAAAAGAUGGGUGUCUGAAAGUACUUGUACCAUGUCGCACAAAUCAACGCCCUGCCGCUUACCGGUGUUCAUGGAAAGGUCUCGGAGAAAUCAUCCCCAACACUGACAACGGCGGAGACUGAAUUAUUGAUUGCCUGUUGCCAAUGACGAAAACCGCACAUAGGCUGAUAAUAUCAGUGACACAAGCCAUUUUCGUGUGUGCUGUCCUACUGAUUGACAUUUGAAUCGAGGCGACACUGUGAUUACUGGACUGGAAAAAAGAGACUGGAUUUUUAUUACUAAGGCAAAUUUCGUACAAGGGCGGCAGCUUGUCUGGUGCUUCCAGUAGGGGGAGAAGACCCCUGAUACAGUCUCAAAUGGCUGUUACACAAAGUCACAUCCAUCAGCACAGUUUUAAAAUGAUGGAAGAAGGCUUAGAGAGACCACAGAGUGCCCUCUUAAGAGGGGUUCAGAUAACAGAGUUCAAAGAUUCAAGGGUGAACCCGCAGCCUAUAGUUUUGGAAGAGAGUGAUGUUCUUAUGGAAGGUUAUCUCUCUCCAACAAAACUGAGAUUACUUGCUGGUGUUGAUAAUUUAGAGAGUGUUCAUUCUUUGGAAAUGACUGUAAACACCUGUGAUACAAGCCUUGGCAACUUUGGGACCAUGUUGCCAAACCUGACCCAGUUGAGGCUGUCCAAUAGCAUGAUCAGAUGUGUCAGAGAUGUUGGGUCAUCAUUGCGAAAUUUGAAAGUUUUGUGGAUGUCAAGGUGUGGGUUACAGGAGUUGGAUGGUUUGUCUGCAAUUAGUCAACUGACUGAACUAUAUUUGUCAUACAAUGAAAUUUCGGAUUUAAGCCCUGUUAGCAUGUUGGAAAAGUUACAGAUCCUGGAUUUAGAAGGCAAUAAUAUAGAAGACAUCAGCCAGAUCCAGUAUUUGGAAUUGUGUUCACAGUUACAGAUUCUAACACUAGAGGCUAACCCUGUGUGUGUUAUGCCCACCCCAGAUAGCCAAGAGAAGGACUAUGACUACAGGGCAACCAUCAAAAGCAUGUUACCACAGCUAAAAUCAUUAGACGAUGAGCCGAUUGUGAACGUAGAGUCCAGUAAAAAAGCCAACGUGUUCGAUGAGGACUGGGCGUUUUUAGACAACUUGCAGAAAGAUUUAUCGCUUCAGAACUUGAAUUCCCUUGACAGUACUGAUGAUGAUAGUGCAGGUAUUUCUGUGGGAACAGUGCCAGCACUGACCAACUUCCGCCCAGGGUCAGCCCUGAGACCCUCAUCUGGCAUGAGGCCUCUAACUGCUGUUCCCCAGACCUCCCCUAGUAUUGUCCGACCCAAGACACGUGGUAGUCAGAGUCCCGGUAGUAGUGCUGGGAGGCCAGGCACAGCAGCUCGACCACUGUCUUCAGAGGAAAAUGAGGUGAGUGAGGCGUCCAGUGCCCUUACAACAGGGAGCGUGAUCUGUGGUAAUCCAUGCCGAGCCCUGCGCAGUCGCAGAGGGGACAGCUUUACUCCUCCAGCUAAAGAGACCACACCAAAGCUGUUUGUACAGUACCGUCAUAAAGCUGAACACACAUACGACCCAGCGCCAUUAGAAGGGCAGAACAGUGAAGAAUUACUGGAAGACCUGAAAGCAUGGAGAGAGCACCAUGACGAGGUGAUAAAAAAGAUCCAGAAGGAGAAAGCUCCUCAGGUGCUGAGGAUAGUGCCCAAUGAGACAGCUGACUGGUCUGAUAGUGAGGAUCUGACAGACUCUGAUGAAGAUGUGGAGUCUGAGGAGGAGUCAGGUAUCCAGGUCCUCUCCAGCACUAUAGAUACCACCCAACAGCCAGUGGCUACAGGACAUGUCAAACCCCCUACUCAACCCACAACUGACUUAGGAAGACCAAGAACUCCAGAAUUCCGUUCUCGUAGAUACCACACCCCCACCCACCAGACAGACACUCACCAACCUACGGCUUCUGCAGCGCCUCGUCCCCAGGGCAGACAGGGGCCAUCAUUUGAGGAUGGUGACGGAGUAUCAGCUGACCUGAGAACAUUGAGGCAACCGUCACCUUGCAGUGUCCGUUCUGUAGGGGUAAACCAUCAAAGCCCUAUCCCAUCAGUCAUACCAACCAAGCCUCCAGUGCCUUCCAUCCCAAAGAACUCUACCAGAGAAAGACCAAGUGUCCAUGAACCAUUGAGACCGGCAUCUGGAGUUUCAGGUGUAACCAGCAGAGUACCCACAUCAAGGGCUGCUCUAGCCUUACCUAGUCAGUUACGAGUCAAGCGACAACUACCAAAUGUUCCCGUACCGUCACAGAAGUCAUGGCCUGGGGAGGGACUAUGAAGAGAAGUGUGAAGAGAGGAGAUUUACAUACAUGCAAGCUCAUAGGUCUACUGGAUUAUCAAGACUUUUUCAUAGUCUUGUGUUGGAUUAUCAAGGCUUUUUCAUAGUCUUGUGUUGGAUUAUCAAGGCUGUUUUAUAGUCAUGUGUUGGCUUGUCAAGGCUGUUCUAUUGCCUUAUGUUGGCUUGUCAAGGCUGUUUUAUAGUCUUAUGUUGGCUUGUCAAGGCUGUUUUAUAGUCUUGUGUUGGCUUGUCAAGGCUGUUUUGUAGUCUUAUGUUGGCUUGUCAAGGCUGUUUUAUAGUCUUGUGUUGGCUUGUCAAGGCUGUUUUGUAGUCUUAUGUUGGCUUGUCAAGGCUGUUUUGUAGUCUUAUGUUGGCUUGUCAAGACUGUUUUCUAGUCUUGUGUUGGCUUGUCAGGGCUGUUUCAUAGCCAUGUUCCAUUGUCCAGGCUAUUCCAUAUAGUCCCAUGGUGGAUUGUCAGGGCUGUGUGAAUUGAUAGUCUCGCAUUGUCAAGGCUAUUUAGUAGUCUUGUUGGAUUGUCAAGGCUGUGUUAUAGCCUUGUGUUGGCUUGUCAGGGCUGUUUUAUAGCCAUGUUUCACAUAGUCACAUGGUGGAUUGUCAAGGCUGUUCGGUAUGGUCACAUGGUGGAUUGUUAAUGCUGUUUGGAUUCAUAAUCUUGCAUUGUCAAGGCCAUUUAGUAGUCUUGUGUUGGCUUGUCAAGGCUGUUUGAAUUCAUGGUCUUGCAUUGGAUUAUCAAGACUAUUUAAUGGUCGUAUUGAAUUGUCAAGGCUGUUAUAUAGCCUUUCGUUGGGUUGAAAAGACUGUUUUAUAGCCUUUCAUUGGGUUGAAAAGGCUGUUUUAUGGCCUUUUGUUGGAUUAUCAAGGCGUUUUCAUAGUCUUGUGUUGGCUUGUCAAGAUUGUUCCAAUUUGGUCAAACUUUAAUCAUGAAUCGAAAUGCUCAAACUGUUUGCUCAGUAGCAAAUUCAGUGAAGUGUCCUGUCGACUUCAAAUUGACAUAGCUUUACAGUUCUGUAACACAUUUAUCGGUUGGCUUGUCUUGGAACCUGAUUAACUGUUGAACACUGAAGGUGUGUAGACAGGAGCAGGUGGACAGGUUCUUAGUUGUAGGAAUAAUUGCGUACAACGUACAGUUACAGUGACCAAAGAUACAUUACUGUUUAAGAUGUGAAUGGGUAUUCAUUCACAUCCCUCUCUGGCUUUUUCUCUGCGUGAAAUAUUUUAUGCAGAAGUAAUUACACAGUCACCAACAAUGCAGUGAGAUGGAGUCAAGCGAAAUGUCACUUCUGAUGCUGGCCAGGUGUUUGGUGUGCAACAUGAAUGAACGCAUUGAACCGAAUUACAGUUGUCAAUGACCAAAAUAAAACCAAAAUAUACCCUGUAACCAAUCUGAUACUGGUCUGGUGUUAGACGUAAGGUGUGUGAAAUGGAUAAAGGCAAUGACAAGAAUUACUGUGAUCAUCAGCGUGAAACAGAAGCAACCUAUACCCUAUCCAUAUCAUACUGGUCUGGUGUUACGCUUAAGGUGUGUGAAAUGGAUAAAGGCAAUGACCAGAAUUACUGUGAUCAUUAGGGUGAAACAGAAGCAACCUAUACCCUAUCCAUCCAAUGCUGGUCUGGUGUAUAAAAUGGGUAAAUGCAUUGAGAAGAAUUACUGUUAUCAGUGACAGAGACAGAAGCAAGCGACACCAUCCCCGUCUGGUGUUGUCUGUGUGAAGUGGAUAAAUAUAUUGAUCUGAAGGUCCAGAUUAAUCAGACGGUAUUACCCGCAGGUGUCAAAUGUCACACAUGUUGUAAUGAAGAGUGCUUCUUGGAGCUUUUUGUCAAUGGGUAUCCACGUUGAGGGCAGCUGUGUUUGCACAGGUACAGAUUUACCUGUAUACAGGACGGUAACGUGUACAUGUAAUUGAAGAGAAUGUGGAAAUCAGUGUCAUCCACCAGCAUAGUAUCAGCCUGCUGUGUAAUUUUGAGCCAAGUAUAUGUUUGAAUUCCUGUAACUUUGAUAAGCUGUUGAGCCAUAUUGCAUAUGUUUAGACAAAAUGCUCCCUCAACGGACCUCUUUACACACCAAAGUAUUACUGCUCAAGGUAACUGUUCCAAAGCUGUUAUUUUCUCCAAGUGAAACAUAUUUCCUUUAUUAAUAUGUGUGUUUGCUCACAUAAUAUGGUACUGAGCGUGGAAUGAUGUGUAAAUAUUCUAUUUAUCACUAUAAAUAUGUACAUAUUUAACUUUUUUUAAUUGAUGCAUUCCUUUAAAUCAACAACCAAUGAAGUCGUUAAAAAUCUGGAUUUACAUUUAUAUCAUCAUAUUUAGCGUUUUGUACAUCCCAAAUGUUUGUAUGUAGGUGAUAUCUUUCCUUGUGAAAUAGAAAAUUUAAUCCUGUUACAUGAUGACGUCACUACCUACACCGACAAUGCACCGACAAGAGGGGCAAGAGCCAUCAUAUUGAUUUUUUCAGCGAACUGUAAUAAAAAUAACUUCCGACAGGUGUUUACAGAUAGCUUUUUCAGUUCAUUAGGACUUCAAUUGCACAGUUCCUUCAUUGUUUGGAUAAAGAGUGCAAGCGAUUUUCCAAGGGCAGUGAACCCAGGAAUGCGUGGAUAUUGCGUACUGGAAGCACAUCAUUGGAAGAAUCAUUUCAGACAAACUGUUAAAGCUGUACUUCCGAAGUAGAAGGAAAUAUAUUCUGCCUAUAUGGAAUCCAGAAGGGAAGUUUCAAGGCGGAACAGUGGGUUAGCGACAACAUUGUCAACUUAGUCUCUGUGUAAAGCACUUCAGCCUGUAAUUAACUUUUACCUAGCUUCUAAUGUCACAACACACAGCGUUUAUAGAUAAUGGCGUCAGCAUACAACCGGUCUAUUUGAUAUGUGUAAAUAAAAUCAUUG